ACCAGAGCCCAGAGCCCUGUGAUGAAAUAUGAGACUCCAUUAUGAAACACUUGCACUGAUACGUGCACCCGCGGGACUGAGCCUCUCCCCUGGCCCCGUGACAGCAAAUGCUGGUAGCGCUGUCACUUGGGGCUUCAAAAGGAGCUGCUGACAGUUUCUGUGGAAACAAUUUGAACUUUGCACAGAAAGCUGGAUUGUUUUGAGGGCAAGUGUCCGGGUGCUGCUAGUUGUCUCAACAAGCCAUCCUGCUCCAGACUGCUUCCUGCCGCGGAAUUCAGCGACCGGAAAUACCACCGGCUCUCUUUGCCAAUUGCUAAUGUUGCAGCUGACAGCUACCCCUGCAAGUGCCCUUGCAGAUGAACCAGUGCACAUCCGAGUGACAGGCCUGCCCCCGUUGCAGAUGGUGAUCCUUACGGCAUCUCUGAAGGAUGAGAAGGGAAAACUGUUCCGGUCCAAAGCCUUCUAUAGGUCUAAUGAAGCUGGUGAAUUGGACCUGAAGCAGGCUCCUUCGUUUGGAGGCGACUACAUGGGGGUCCAUCCAAUGGGCCUCUUUUGGUCUCUGAAGCCUGAGAGGACUUUUGGGAGGCUGCUUAAGAGAGAUGUGAUGAACAGCCCCUUUUUGGUCACUCUGGACCUAUACGACUCAGUUGGCUUACAAGAUUUAGCCACGAUCGAGCCCAGGGUCAGCCAGGUGGUGCAGCGCUGGUUUUCCCACCCUGAGACACAGCGGGUACAGAUCCGAGAAGGCCGCGUGCGAGGAGCCCUUUUUCUCCCUCCAGGGGAAGGCCCUUUCCCAGGAAUCAUUGAUUUGUUUGGGGGCAUCGGCGGUCUAGUUGAAUUUCGAGCCAGUCUUUUGGCUGCUCAUGGCUUUGCAGUGCUGGCAUUAGCAUAUUUUGCCUAUGAAGACCUGCCCAAACAUCUGGCGGAUGUGGACCUGGAAUAUUUUGAAGAAGCUGCCAACUUGCUACUAGCUCAUCCCAAGAUCCGAAAGCUGGGAAUUGGAGUGAUCUCUGUGAGCAAAGGUGCAGAGUUCGCGCUGGCCAUGGCCUGCUUCCUGAGGCAGGUGGUAGCCAUUGUCUGCAUCAAUGGACCCAAUGCCGUCUGUGAUUUUCCGCUCAGGUACAGGGAUCUGGUUAUGACACCCAUCCAGUCAUUUCUGGAACGCAUUCAGAUUGAUGUUUCAGGGGCUGUGCGCUUCCGCCACUGCAGGGGGGACCCUCGGGAUAAACGGAAUCAGCAGAGCGUAUAUCCUAUUGAAAAGGCCCAGGGUCAGAUCCUCUUCAUUGUAGGAGAGAAUGACGAAUCCAUCAAUAGCAAAGAAUAUGCUGAACAGGCACUGGACCAGCUGCAGAGUCAUGGGAGAAGCAAUGGAAGGAUGCUGGUCUACCCUGGGGCAGGCCACCUCAUAGAGCCCCCCUAUUUGCCUCUGUGCUAUGCUUCCUGGAACCCCCACCUCUUUAACGUACCCCUGCUCUGGGGAGGAGAUCCUGUUGCGCACGCCGCGGCCCAGGAGCAUGCCUGGGGAGAGAUCCAGAAAUUCUUCAGGCAACACCUCAUUCAGACCAGCAGCAAACUCUAAGCAAAGGCUAAGGGUGAUGAUGAGGUAGGGAGACAAAAAACAAGGAUAAAGCGGGGAUGUAGCAGGGGCUCUUCUGAUUUCUCUAUUUUCAGUCAUCUUGAAUGCACUGGAAGGACCAAGGCAUAGUUAGUUGCAUUUCAACUGUUUCUGACCAAUUUGUAUGUACUUUGGAUUUUUGUAAAUUGAAUUACAAAAGUUUAUAUGCAUCAGGAUGCAUUGCUAUUUCAGAAUUAUGAUACCCUUGCAAACUGAAUAAUCUUUUGUACCCCAGUUAGGAAUACCAAUGAGCCAGGUAUUGCCAAUCUAGAUAAAUUCCCUGGAAUUUUGAAGCUACUUGUGGAAAUACAUUUUCUGUUUAAACUAUUUUGAGUUGAGUUUCUGACACUUGACAUGAAAAUUUCCAAUGUCAUCAUCAAGUGUAAUGUUUGCUAUAGAUUGCCAGUACUUUAAUUUUUUUAAAUAGUGAUGCUUCUUUUUAUUCCUAAAAUAUAUAUUUUUUACAGUUUUAAUCAGGAAUGGGAUUGAAUUUAAUCAAGUGCCUUUGUAGCAUUUAUUGAAAUUAAAUGAGUUAAUAUACUUAAAGCUCUUAGAACAGUAUAUCUAUAUGAGUUAGCUAUUAUGAUUUUCCUAAUGUUUUCCUCCUUCCUGUUAAUGUGGUGAUUUACAUUCAUUAGUGAACUAAUUUUGCUUAUUCAUCUAAUUUUAAUAGAUGAAUUUCUCACAUCGACUAAUUCAGAUUUUAUAAUUUAUUGUGGAGCCAACCAGAUCAUUUAUAUUUUCUCAGAAUUUCCCCCAUAUUUCCUGGAACAAGUUUUUCUCUUAUAAUAUUUCAUGUAUUCCACGUUGUUUAUUUGCGUGGUUUCUCUUUUUCCUCUCAGUCUGACUUGCCAAAUAUUUGCCUAUUUUAUUGAUCUUUUCCAAGAACAGCUUUUGGUUUGUUUACCGGUCAAAUCUAUUUUUUUCUGAUUUAUCAAUUUCUGUUUCUUUAAAAUAAAUUCAUUCCUUCUGC